GACCGUCAUGUAAGGUGAUAAUUUGACUUCGAUCAAGAAUAUAGAUUUAUAGCAUGAUUUUUCGGCAAUUAUUUGUACUUGCAUUAUAUGAAAACAUCUGUGUUACUAACUCACAGACGUCACAAAAGUAAAUCGGGCAUGUUGCAUACACACGUAUUUUUUCAAAGAAUUAUCCGUGUUGAACGCUAUUCAUAACUAUCACUACAAACAGUACGCAUGUAUGUAACUUAAACUAAAAACACGGAUUGACGCUGUUGUUCGUAGAAUUUAAUCUGUUUAGGUUCUGUUGAGUUUAUUAGCUUUUUAUAGUCAUUCAUUAGCGUGAAUUAUGAAUCACAGACAUAAGACGAGCCUUGACAAUGAAUAUUUAAAGUACCGAUAAGAGCCGAAUCCAUAGUCGAGUUCCGUUAUUGUUUUUAUACAUGAAACUGUAUCAAGUAAAACAAAUACGCGCCUUAAGAACACAUUGCGUUAUUUGCAUGUUCCUGCCUUCACCGCCGUGAAAGUGCGGGCGAAAAUAGUGGAGAUUGCCCUACUGUUUCGGAAAUAAAUAAUUGUUGCAUUAAUUGAAUUUGAAACUAUUGUUAUUCUGUAUUCCGAAACAUUCGGUUUAAUUUUAUUUGCUUUUAAUAAUAAAUAACAAACUGGAAACUUAUCCCUUAUAAUCAAUUAUGAAAGACUCCUUCGUUAUAUACCUAUAUCAAUUAAAGCUCGCCUAAACUGUGAAAUAAGGAAGUGGCUCACAUGCUAUUAUAGUUCAAGUCUAACUGAUUCAGAAUAAAAUUUGAAAAAAAAAACCCGGUUGCACCCAAACCCGCGAUAUUUAUGAGAGGCACACAUAAUCCUCCUUGGCCAUAAAUUACCUAGUGAGAAAUGUUAUUCAGUGUGGUUAUGCCGUUCUGUAUCAUAUAUUGUAAACUUUUUCUGAAGAGGCAUGCUUAAAUUUUCACGAUCUGCCGUUCAUGAAAUGUGUGUCACACGGUUUGUGUAUUUCCCGUUCUUGACCUAUGAAUGCGAGUCGAGGAUGUGAUAAUUGGUAGGGGCCGUAUUACCCGUUAUGUUUCCUAAAAUAACAAUUUAUGGUAAACAAAUGCACCCGAGGUGUGUCAUCCUUCGAUAAUUGCCUUCGUAUAUAACAUGAGAAUUCAGACGCUUUCCGGAUAAAGAGGAAUUAACUGUCGUAGUCUUUGGAUCAUACAAUUAAACCUCUUCUAUUAUUGUUUUAUUGUAAAAUGGCUUUUAUUAUUAAUGUACUCGCCCUGUUUUUUCUACUGGCAGUUUUUAUAAUUGUUCAUGGAAAGCCGUUGGAAGAGUCAACGGAUGUGGCAAAAACCGAAAGUAGCGAAUUGUUGGAAGUUGCUGAAUCUCAGAAUCCUUUUUUACCGAGAUUUGCCAUGAGGAAGCUGAAAGAGAAACGCGAGAAAGCUAGAGCUCAAAGAAGGAAUGGCCAGGUACAAAGCAGAACACAACAUCACACACCGAACUGCCCUCAUUACAGAUAUUGGGGAUACUAUUAAAAUGUAUCCUCGAGCGUUAUUUAUUCUUUGCUUGGGGCUCGUCACCGUUUCCGCUAGCCCUGCGAUAAGACAAGAAAUCGAUAACAAUUUGUCUUCACCAAAUAUUAAGUUAGAAGUUAACCCAGAGGAUCAUAAAGAAGAGUCCGAUCAAUACAGUUUAGUGAGCGACAACUUAGAAACAUCGACAGAGAAUAGUGAAGACUUCCCAAAAUUUGAUGAAGUCGCCGAUGUUGACGUCAUCAUAGAAGAGUCUGUCGGAGAACCAAAUGACAUCACACAGAUUCAGGAUGACGCAAGUUUGGACUAUUUUCCUGAAAUUGACGACUCUUAUAGAUUCACAUCUGUCGAUAAAGUUGAGGAUGAAAUAAUGGAUACUGCUGCAGGCGUUAUACCCUUCACAAUUUUUAGAAGAAGGCAAAAGCCAAGAAGACGUUACAUGGCACGCAGAAGAUUCACGCCAAGAUGGAAUCCUUACAGAAACUUCCAAUACUUUUACCCAUAUUACGGAUUUUAUCGCCCCAGCUCUUUUAGAUAUUACUAAUGUAUUUAGUUAGUUUUAAGCAUGCACUUGCCAGUAGUUUAUAAUAUAUUAUUUUUGUAAACGUGAUGUUUGCUAACUUCAAACGCAUUUAAUUUAUUUAUUAAUUUAAACAAAGAACGAGUUUCCCACGUUUAAUAAAAAAAAGAAGUCAUUCAACACUUUUGUAAAUGCUAUCUCAAUUUUAUUGGAGCUGCAGUACUCUUUGUAGAUUAAUAUAUUUUAUUUACAAAACAUUUUCCAACU